AUGAGCGACGCCUAUGAACGCGAGCAGCAGAAUAAUGCACUCCUCAACUCUCUUUCAUCCAAAGUUUCCGCCCUUCGAGACGUGACGAUCAACAUCCACGACAACGCGCGGGAUCAAGAUACGCUCGACCAUACGAAUGAUGUCUUUUCCUCUUUCGGCACGAAUCUGAAGGGUAGCGCAUCUCGACUCACAAGGAUGGCCAAGCAAGGUGAUACCGUCGCUGUGCUCAAAGUGGCGGGUAUUUGCAUCGGCGCCGGGAUCUUGCUGUAUAUCAUCCUGGGAUGGAUCUUCUGA